CAUUUACACACGUGUGGUACGUUAGAAGUCAGAAUAACGCUGAAACAAAACAACUGUUACAUACCCGAUACGUAUUCAUAUCAUCCCUGAGUUUCGAGAGAGUGAAAGGGAAGAAAAAAGAUGCAGGAUCAGACAGAUAUCCGUAACCUUCCAAUUGAGAUAGCUUUUUCGCGUCUCGGAGAAUGGCUGACCGAUCGGAAGAAAAUUCCUGGAGAUUGGAGGAAACGUUUGACGGCAAUCAGAGCUAAGAUAUCUUCUGCUUUCUCGUUGUUGCCCAAGGAUGUUGAUCCUUAUUUCCAAACCCUAGAUCCUGAAGCAAUUGGGUACACAGAAGCAAAACAAAUAUAUGACAUUCUUCUGAAAUCAACGCCAGAAUGCCGGAAUAUUUUUGGGCGGCUAUCAGGUUCUGCUGGUGAGUGGGAGGCCAUUGUCCGAGCUUUUGAGAAAGACCAUAUUCACCUCGGGGAGGCUGCACAAAUAAUGGUUCAAAACGUCAGCUAUGAAAUUCCAUAUCAGAAAAAACAGGUCCAGAAAAUCCAGCAACAACUAGCAGAGUUAGAUCGCAAAGAGGCUGUUAUUAAACGAUCCGCAGCUUUAUCUGCAGCAAAAUUCGUAGAAGCUUGCCAGGAGCUAGGAUUGCAGGGGAAAAACGUGAGACCGGAACUUGUUGAAACUGCAAAAUCACUUCCAAACACUUUCAGCAAGUUCUUGGAAGUUAUAAAUGGCGACUCUGUGUUGCAAGCCAUGGAUUAUUAUUCAAACUUUGUAAGAGAUGCUCACACAGAGACUGAGAAAACUUCAGGGGUUGUGCUGCCAAAUUUGAGGGAUCUUGUUGAAAAUCCUCCAUCUCUCAGUGUUGAGGACCAUGGUUCUGUAGUAGAACCAUUCAAAGUUAUUGGAUCUUGUGGCAUAGAUGGGGACUUGGUGUCUGAUGCUGAUAAUCCAAAUGAUAAUAUCGAUUGGGAUAUCUCUGUUGACAGCUCUCAGAUUGAUUGGGACAUAGGAACUACAGAAGAAACUGAAGAAGCGGCAAAUGGAUUGGGACCUUAUGAAAUAGUAAAUGCCAGUGAGGCAUUGCAAGAUUCUGUUGACGGCAACUCCAUGGGACUUGAACAAUGUCUAUCACAUAAUCCCGAGGAUAGCCAUGCUCCAGAUUCUUCUUUGCCAGAUAUAUCUUGGGAUAUUAGUGUUGAAAAUCCUCAACUUGAUAUGCAUGAAGAAGCAGUUGUAGUGAACGUCGAUAUAGAAACUCAGUCAGGUCUUUCAAGUGGAUCUGUCAAGUCCACGGAUAUUAACCAAGAGAGAAGCCAGCUUCUGGAUACGGAGUAUAGGAACAAAAUUCUUGAUGAUCUGUUUGAGAUCAAAGCAUUUUUAAAUCAGCGCAUGCUGGAGUUACGAAGUGAAGAAACUUCAUCUCUGCAACAUCAAGUUCAGGCAGUUGCUCCCUUUGUAUUGCAACAGUACACUGCCGAUGCCGUUCAAACGAUGCUGUCUGAUACAUCCUCUGCCAUUGGUAUACUUACGGGUCGGAAAACUAGAGACUUGAUAAUGAUUCUCAACUCUAAAAGAUUUCUAGACAGACUAGUUACUACCAUAGAGGAAAAGAAGCACCAUGAAGUUAAGCUGAAAGAGAGUUUGAAAGAUUUGGUGGGAAGACGCAUGGAGUUUCAAAAUACAUUAUCUUCCUCAUGGCCAAAACAAGAAGCAGCACUGGCGAAAACAAGGGAGCUGAAGAAGCUCUGUGAAUCUUCACUCUCAUCUAUGUUCGAGGGCAGGCCUGUCCACAUAAUUGGAGAGAUUAAUACCAUGUUGACUAGUAGUGUUACUCCUUAAAAGUAGUGUUAAAACUUCGCCCACUGGAACUAAUAUGAUAGAUCUGAAGUAGUUUAUCUAGUCAUCAGAGUAAAAUUCUAGAGAGAAUUGAUACAACUUCUCCAAUCUUUGUGGUGUCUUAGUCAUGAUGCUAGCGUGUUUGAUGUUUUGGUCUUCUUGAUUUCCAUUUUCAUUGCAAAUCUAAUUUUUCAGUCACUAUAAUCUAUGAGACCUUCUCCAA